GAAGCUUUAUUCCGGCACUCAUUUAUAUUGUCUGCUGCAAAGUUUUAGACUUUGUGGCCCUGUCAAUAACAAACUUUAUCUUGUACAUUUUAGAGAUACAGGUUAUAUAAAAUCUGAUAAUUUACUAUUUCGAUCUUAUAUUAUACAUCAUCACAUAUUAAUUCAAAAUCAUUUAAAAGAAAUGCAAAUGUUACGUUUAAUCACGAGAAAUGUUAAUUGUUGUUUAAAACAAUCAACUAAACAAUUGCAUAAUUCAUGCAAGGUAUUGUCAAAGGAUUCGGCGUCGUCAUCUUCUGAUUCUUCUGACUCUGAUUCAGAUAAUGAAAAGAAAACAAUUAGAAGACAAUUUGAAAAAAUAACAAAAGACAAUGUUCAAAACAAAACUGACUCUUCAGAUACUAGUAACCGAUUGAAUUCAUUGCUUGAAAGUUUAGUUGAUAUAGCUAAAAAUAAAGAUACUCCUAUAAAAAAAAUUGAUGUUGCAAUUCAACCAAAAGCUAAUCGAAUGAAAAAAUUGAAAACUAUUCAUAAAAAAAAUUCUGAUUUUGAAAAACCAUUGGAAGAACAAUUGAAAGGAGCUGCCAAAGAAGUAGCAAAAACUUUUAAAGGUGAUUUCAGAAAAACAGAGCUAGAAUUGCUCAGUAAGGUUUUGAAUGUUAACGUUAAACCUGAAAAUAAUGAUAACGAAGCUACUGAAAAAGAAAGUCCAAGCUUGAAAUCACUCUUACAUACAAUGAAAGUUGACCGUUACACUCCUGAGCAAUCAAGAUCAAAUGUGCAAGCUAGUAAAAAAAUUUUGUCGUACAUGAAAGAACCCUCUGUAGCAGAAUCCAUACUAUACGCAAAAUCUCAAAGAAAACACAAAAACCAUAAAAAAGAAAAAAUGGUACCUGAACUCAAAGGUCAUCAUAAUCCCUUAAACAUUUUGAUAAAUAUUCCUCAAAAAGAAUGUAGUGUAAAUCUAUCUACGUGGGAUAAAAUGGAGAAAAGAGAAAAUGAAUUGGCAACAAUGACAUAUCCACAAAAUGUUUUUCAAGAACUUAUACAAUGGACUAAUCAAGGAAAAAUUUGGAAUUUUCCAAUUAAUAAUGAACAAGGCAUGGAAGAAGAGGAAAAAGUACAUUUUUCUGAGCAUAUUUUCUUAGAGCACCAUUUGAAAGGUUGGUGUCCUAAAAGAGGGCCAAUUAAACAUUUCAUGGAAUUGGUAUGUGUAGGACUUUCUAAAAAUCAUUAUAUGACUAUUGAAGAAAAAAAAGGGCAUAUAAAUUGGUACAAAGAAUACUUUGAAGAUAAAAGAGGUUUACUACAAGAACUUGGAGCUCUAGAUGAUAAAUCUAGUGAAAAUGUCACUUCUGAUAAAAAGAAACAAAUUGAGGCAUAAAUUAGUGUAAAUAUCAAUGUUUUUACUGUUAAACUAUGUAAAAAAGUUUUGUUAAUGAAUAAAUAAUAAACAAGUAUUAAUUUGUUA